CAAAUUCAGACGCUUGCCACACUCACGUCGAAAAGAGAGUUUAGUCAAGAUGUCUUUCUCAUCUUUGCCCGAAUCUGUUUACCAUCACAUUUUCCAACACUUGGAUGACAAGGACUUGGAGUCUUUGAAGGCCGUUGGGAACAUAUCCUUGACCCAAUCACUAUCAAGCUUGUGGAUAUACGUUGGAGUCCGUGGAGUUGUGUGCCCCAACAUGAACAUGUCAUUGUAGCGAGCCGUCAUGACUGAAAAUCCUGGAAGAAGUCACUUCCAUCUGAGUUGUAUUAACUCACAUGAUCCCUCCAGAGUUCAGUAUCGGCCUAACAAGAUGGAAACUAAAGGCUUGGAGAUGAUCGUUCAAUAUCAUCACAGGUUGACUUGUGGCACUGAUGUGGACCCAUUUGUUGGAUCACUUCGUUUGCCAUACAAUCGGCAAUCUACCAGCAAGUUCCCAUUCGAUUGGAGCUGCAACUAUGGUGCCAUUAUCUGGAAACAUAUUGGUGCAAGUCUCUCCAAUAUUGUCAGAACUAGGCACAACAACCGUACCAUGCUGAUCCAAACCAAGAGCGCCUUGUUCUUCAUCGAUCUGCUAAGUGGUGAGAUCAUUUGGUCGCGAGUGCUCCACCUGGACAAUCCCAAGUUGGCCCAAGCUCGAGAUUUCGUCAUCACGGACCAAGCGAUCUACAUGCUGCUCUACAUGCAUUCUUCUGAUGGCGAUGUUCUCAUCCUCCUCGAAUUUUGCAUUGUCUCCGGAUCCUUCAAAGCGUUGGGCUUCAACUUCAGGGUGUCAACGGAACCAAGUGCAAACCAUCUGUUAAGGAGAGGGGAUCCUCCCCACAAAGUUGUUGUGACCAACAACUACGACCGGGUGGAGACUGACGAGUUCCAAUUGGCCGACCUUCAAAGCGCGUGGGUGGAACACAACAAGCUCUUUGUGAUUGCCAAGAAAGUUUCGUCUUUUCAAAUGUUAUCUUUACCAUUGCAUUCGGGUUCCAAAGCGAACUUUCACUUAGAAUUUGAGGUCAUUGCUGAAGAUGCCCGUGGACAUUGAACCAAAUAUAAUGCUACUUUGACAGUUUGAUUUGAGUGGUGAUAUGUGUGUGAAGUCACGUUUUUGUUCUCAUGUUGAAUGUAUCUUUAACGAAAAAUAAGUAAUGAGCUAUAGUCCCAAUGCAACUUGGAAGUAUUUGAUGCGCACUCAAUAAAUCAAGGCCGAUCAAUCGUGUUGUUUCACAAAGGUAUGGGUGUACCAGCUCACCCAGUAGUUGAGAAGUCGACGGAUUUGACCAGUGUAGAGGUUGAAGAAGUGCCCCCACUUGCAGUAGAGCAGGAUAAG